CAUUGUGGGUUUUCUAUGUGUUUAUUACGUCACUAUUACACUAAUGGUGCCGGGUUAACUUUAUUUUGUGGGUUAAAUAUUAGUUUAGUAAGAAAAGAGUACAAAUAUGGGACAGCAUGUCAGUAGAACUGAUUUUGAGUGGACUUAUACAGAAGAACCUCACGCAAGUCGCCGAAAAAUUAUUUUAGAAAAAUACCCGCAAAUAAAAAAACUUUUCGGAUACGAUCCGAAUUUUAAAUGGGUUGUUACUGGUAUGGUUUUAAUGCAAUUUUUUUUAAUGUACAUGUUAAAAGAUAUGUCAUGGCCCAUAUUGCUACUUUUUGCCUACUGCCUAGGGGGAGUCAUCAAUCAUUCACUCAUGUUGGCGAUUCACGAAAUUGCGCAUAACCUGGCCUUUGGACAUGCCAGACCUUGGCACAAUAGACUUUUCGGUUUUUUUGCUAAUCUGCCCAUAGGUAUACCAAUAUCAAUCAGCUUUAAGAAGUAUCAUCUGGAACACCAUAGAUAUCAAGGGGAUGAGGAGAAAGAUACUGAUAUUCCUACAUAUUUGGAGGCAAAAUUAUUUUGCACGACCUUUGGGAAAUUUAUAUGGGUCAUUCUACAACCAUUCUUCUACUCUUUUAGACCACUUGUGACUUACCCAAAACCACCUAACAAUUUGGAAAUAUACAAUGCUUUAAUACAAGUGGGUUUUGAUGGUUUGGUGGUACACUUUUUAGGUGGGAGAGUUCUUGGUUACAUGAUCAUUGGAUCUGUGAUGGCUAUGGGCUUUCACCCAGUAGCAGGCCAUUUCAUUUCUGAACAUUACAUGUUCAAAAAAGGAUACGAAACGUAUAGUUACUACGGACCUUUGAAUUGGAUCACUUUCAAUGUCGGUUAUCACAAUGAACAUCAUGAUUUUCCGGCUGUUCCUGGAUCUAGAUUACCCGAGGUUAAAAAAAUCGCGCCGGAAUUUUACGACGAUCUACCACAACACCAUUCGUGGACAGCGGUCCUAUAUGAUUUUAUAAUGGAUCCUGAUGUGGGUCCCUACGCUAGAAUAAGGCGUAAAGCUAAAGGAUUAAAAACGGAUUAAAAAAAAUAUAAAGCUUCCCACACACGUAAAAUUGUUUUUUAGUGUGUGGGUUCCUUUAGCUACGAGCUUUGGACGAAUUUUUUGGCACUAAAUUAAAAAUAUUUUUUGUUUGGUAUUUAAUCAAAAUUAUUCACAUUAUUUUAGGAGAUAUUAUAUUUUUUGUACAAUUUAAAGCCAAACCACGUAUUAUUGUUGUUUAUUAAUUUUAUACAGCGCAUCACCGAAUAAGUUGUCAUUCUUUAAGGAAAAUUAUGAUGUGUGGAUCUUGCCAUCAUACCCGGGCAAAUUAUGAUUUCAUCUGCCGCUGCUGUGACAAUUUGCGGAGUUGUUCUAAUGUGUCAACUUCGAUCUGUACACUAAUUGUUGUAAAAACAAUGAUGAUGUAUAGGAUGAGGAUGACAAUUUAUCAGGUGAUACCAUGUAUAUACAUAAGUCUGUUUUAUAACGGAACUAAUGUGAUACCUAUAGUAAAUGUAAAUAAAAAUACUAUUUAAUUAUUUUGCGAUAAUAAUAAAUGUUAUUUAA